AUGAUUCGCUACACGAAGGGAGCAUGGGAAACACUCUUCUACUGGUGGGGCGGCAUCAACCGUCACUUGAUGGUGAGCUCUGCUUUCUACCUUCUCUUCUUGGUGCUUCUCUACUACGUGCAACGCCGCUACGUCACCACGCGCAUCGACUGCUCGACCAGUGGCUUGUCAAUGCUGGGCAGCCUCACGGUCUUUCUGCUGGUCUUUCGCAUGAACCAGUCGAUGGCCCGAAACAAUGAAGCGGAAGAAAGGACGGACGCGAUGUUUGGAGAGAUGGACUACUUGGCACACUCCGUGUGCCACUUCAUGGCAGGCGCACGGGAAGAUCAUUUGCACGAUCUCUUGCUGCAUCCCAACGUGCAGUACACGGAGGAGGAGAUCAAAAUGCUUCGGCUUCAAGGAGAGCUUGCAAGCAUUGUCCGCGUCCAUGUGGUCCGCCUCACGGUCGCCUUUGGCGUGAGCUGCCUCUUGUACUUUCGCUUGCUGACGGCUCUUGCUGAAGCACAGGGCGAAGUGGAAGACGAGGAGUUGGUCCAAAUCAUUUUCCUCUACGCCCGGUUACAGUCGCUCCUCUAUGAGGAAGAGAUGGAGCUGGUGGAUAGAUAUAUGUGCGUCAGCCGCGAGAGCGAGAAUGACGAAGGCGGGGCACAGUACCGUGCCGACGUCCGGCGGCCGAGCACCGUGCGUGACGGCGCGCGGAAGUCUGGCGGAGGCAACCAGAUUGGUGCCAAGUUCUGGGAGGUCAUUGCUGACGAGCACGGUAUUGACCCAACAGGAACCUAUCAUGGCGACUCAGAUCUGCAGCUUGAGCGAAUCAAUGUCUACUUCAACGAAGCAACCGGUGGACGUUAUGUGCCUCGAGCUGUGCUAAUGGAUCUUGAGCCAGGCACCAUGGACAGUGUUCGAGCUGGCCCGUUUGGACAGCUUUUCCGUCCAGACAACUUUGUGUUUGGCCAGACUGGUGCUGGAAACAACUGGGCGAAGGGACACUACACCGAGGGAGCUGAGCUGAUUGACUCAGUCUUGGAUGUUGUACGCAAAGAAGCCGAGGGCUGCGAUUGCUUGCAAGGGUUCCAACUUUGCCAUUCUCUUGGUGGUGGCACUGGUGCAGGCAUGGGAACGCUGCUGAUUUCCAAGGUGCGAGAGGAGUACCCUGAUCGUAUCAUGGAGACAUUCUCGGUGAUUCCAUCGCCAAAGGUGUCUGACACAGUGGUCGAGCCGUACAACGCCGUGCUGAGCUUCCAUCAGUUGGUGGAGAACUCAAAUGAGUCCUUCUUGCUGGACAACGAGGCUUUGUACGAUAUUUGUUUCCGCACUUUGAAGCUCACCACUCCAACCUACGGCGACUUGAAUCACUUGGUGUCAGCAGCAAUGUCCGGUGUGACUUGCUGCCUGCGCUUCCCGGGACAGCUGAACUGUGACCUGCGCAAGAUUGCAGUGAACCUUGUGCCGUUCCCUCGGUUGCAUUUCUUCAUGACCGGCUUUGCGCCUUUGACUUCUCGUGGCUCGCAGCAGUAUCGUGCACUCACUGUUCCAGAGCUCACACAACAGAUGUUCGAUGCGAAGAACAUGAUGUGCGCGGCUGAUCCUCGCCAUGGCCGCUACUUGACAGCAGCUGCUCUCUUCCGCGGCCGCAUGUCAACAAAGGAGGUGGAUGAGCAGAUGCUGAACGUCCAAAACAAGAACUCUUCCUACUUUGUCGAGUGGAUCCCAAACAACAUCAAGGCAUCUGUGUGCGACAUUCCACCAAAGGGACUGAAGAUGGCCGUGGCAUUCGCAGGCAACUCAACUGCCAUCCAGGAGAUGUUCAAGAGGGUGGCAGAGUACUUCACUGCAAUGUUCCGCCGCAAGGCCUUCUUGCACUGGUACACUGGUGAGGGUAUGGAUGAGAUGGAGUUCACUGAGGCUGAGUCGAACAUGAACGAUUUGGUCUCGGAAUACCAGCAGUACCAGGAUGCAACUGCUGAAGAGGAGGGUGAAUUCGACGAGGAGGAGGGUGAAUAUGACGGAUGA